AUGAACAAAUUGAAAAUACCACUUGGAAAACCUCAAGAAACAUUUUUAGUACUUGAAGAAACUUUACAAUUUUUUGCUUGGCUAAUUGUUAAUAAUACCAAGACAGUCGAGUCAUCUUCGUCUGAACAAACAAAUCGUUCUUCAACUCCAUCAUCGACUACAAAUCUUCCGGUUACAUCAUCAUCAUCAAGUGAAGUUAAUCUUCCAACUGAUAAAGGUGAUUGGUGGUGUGAUUUAUAUCGAUGGGAUCGUCUAUUACAAUUAAUUGAAGCACUUAAAAAAUGUAUGUAUAAAGGUGCCACUCUUUCACUUCCACAAUUGCCUAAAACGGUAAAAUUCUUUUUUAUUACAAAUAAAUUUACAUGUCUGGAAUGGGUUAAUCGUAUUUGUAUUCCAAUUAUUUUAACAGCCGUACGUUGUGGUCAAUAUGAAUCUGCUGUGCGAAAUUGUAAUCAAUAUCUAAUGCAUGUUUGUGCACUAGGUCAAGCAGGGAUUUAUGGUUGUUAUUUAAGUCUUCAUCAAUGGCCAGAAUUGAUAACAUGGAAUGAUGCAUGUAUUCAAAUGCAAAUGGCUUUUUUACAAGAUGAUAAGGAUGAUUUACGCCCAGCGAUGGAAACAAGGGUGUGGGUGUGGGUGUGGGUGUGUGCGUGUGGGUG